UUUUAUUAAUAAAAAUAAUUUAAUAAAAUUUAUUUGUAAAAUGUGUUGGUAAUCACCACAACGUGUUGAUUCAGUUUAAUAAUUAAAAUGGCAGACGAUGGCGAGUAUAGUUUUUCCUUAACUACUUUUAGUCCAUCUGGCAAACUUGUUCAAAUCGAAUACGCCUUAAAUGGUGUCGCCAAAGGCGCUCCAACUCUUGGAAUUAAGGCGACGAAUGGUGUUGUCAUAGCCGCUGAGAAGAAACAGCCUUCCACCUUAAUUGAAAGCGAUUCACUUAAUAAAAUUGACUUUUUCGCAGAUCAUAUCGGCGCAGUAGCCGCUGGCAUGCCAGCAGACUUCAGAGUUGUCCUCAAAAAAGGGAGAAAAGAGGUAGAUAACACAGCUAUGAAGUAUAAGGCUAUGUAUGGCGAUGAUAUCCCAGGCGCACAACUAGUGAAGGACGUAGCAUCAAUUAUGCAAGAGUUUACACAUUCAGGCGGUGUUCGGCCCUUUGGAAUCUCACUCCUACUUGCAUCGUAUGAUGACGAUGGGCCACAAUUGUAUCAAAUAGAUCCUUCGGGUGCUUUUUUCGGUUGGAAGGCCACUGCUAUAGGGAACAGAAUGCAAAAUAAUAACACAUUUCUGGAGAAAAGAUAUCACCCGGAUUUAGAACUUGAGGAUGCAAUUCACAUUGCGAUUUUAACUCUGAAGGAAGGUUUUGAAGGAGAGCUAACCUCUGAAAAUAUCGAAAUUGGAGUAGUGGGACCUGAUAAAAAGUUUAAAAUCCUACCACCAGAAAUGAUCGAAGAUUAUUUAAACGAAGUUCAAUAAUUUUUUAUUCAAUUA